CAAGGCAAAGCUUGUGACGUAGAACUUGGAAUCCCCUGCCGAUGGGGAGCAGCCGGGGAUGGCUCGGUGCGGCGGCGAUCUUGUACGUGUGCAUCGACUACGUCCGCCACGUGUCUCCGGCGUGGCAUUCUCGGCUUCAGCCGGCGUUGUGGGUGGUGCUGGCCCUUGCCGCUGUGUCCCGGACCCUCUCUUACCGCCAUUGGGGGUUGGAGCUCAGCGCUGCGCCCAAGUUUCUCGCUUCCUUGGCCUUCAUGCUCGCUGCUUUCCUCUGUGAAGCCCUCUCCGUCCGCUUUGUCACCGCCGUCCUUGGUCUUGACUGGCAUCGAUCCGCUCCUCCUCUCCCGGAUGCAGGCCAAUGGUUGCUAUUGGCUUUGAAUGAUAAGCUUCCACAACCCAUUGUUGAAAUACUAAGAGCUCGCAUUAUAGGGCUUCAUCAUUAUCUGAUGUUGUUCAUGAUGCUGGCUUUCUCAGUAUUAUUCAACUCAGUAAAAGCUCCCGGUCUCGGACUUGCUGCCAGAUAUAUGUUCACCAUGGCUAUAGGCCGUCUUCUUCGGGCCAUGACAUUUGUUUCUACAAUCCUUCCUUCGUUGCGCCCUUGGUGUGCUUCUACGAAAUUUAGGAUUCCUCAUCAUCCUCAUCCAUGGGCACAGGAAUAUUACAUGCCAUAUGCAUCUGAUUCUAAUGCCCUUCGCCAGCUAAUGAAUACCGACACACACAGUGCAACUCUUAAUGAUUAUCCUGCUGAAUACCGCCCGGACUGGGGCCGCAUGAGCUUCCUGAUUGACAUUUUGAGGCCAACUAUGUAUGAUGGAUCUUCAUGGUAUCAAUUGCUCAAGAAAGCUGAAGGUGGUUGCAAUGACCUACUUUACAGUGGCCACAUGCUCGUCGCUGUCCUGACUGCAAUGGCAUGGACGGAAGCAUAUGGGGGAUGGACCUCUACUGUGAUUUGGUUGCUUGUUCUUCACAGUGCACAAAGAGAAAUUAGAGAACACCACCAUUAUAGUGUAGACUGUAUCGUUGCAAUAUAUGUCGGCAUCUUGUUAUGGAGGAUCACCAGUUUCAUCUGGUCAGCGAAAGACACGGCGAGAGCCCGGAGACUCGCGAAACUUGAAGAGGUUGAACAUCGGUUGAUACACGCCUCAAAGGACUCGGACAUUGAAGGGAUCAGAGAGCUUUUAAACGAGGUGGAAUUGGCCGGUCAAGAUAAAGGUUAUCCAAAGUGGGUUAUCAAAGCAUUUGCCAUAGUUGCCAUUUCUGUUUGCCUUAUGUGCGUUAUUCUAGCUUUUAUUUGGACAAGUGACGGAUGAUGAUUCAAUCCUGGUUUGCCGCCAUUUGAUUCCAUCAUUUUAACUGUUGUUUAUUCCAACACUCUUUUGAGUAGAAUUUUAUGAAGAACAUUUUUGUAUCUCAA